AUGGCAUCAAACACCGUCGCUCCGAUUCCCCGCUUAAUCUACGGCACGGCCUGGAAGAAGGCUCAGACGGCCCCUCUCGUGGUCUCCGCCCUCUCGGCCGGCUUCCGCGGCCUCGACACGGCGGCGUCCCACCACUACUACGAAGAGGGUGUCGGCGCCGGCCUGCGCACCUGGCUUAACCAGAACCCAAAGAGCAUCUCCCGUUCAUCCCUCUACCUCCAGACCAAGUUCUCUCCGGCCCCGUCUGAGCUUCCCAUUCCGGACCAGGUCCACGAGCAAGUCGCCACCUCAUUCAAGCGCCUGUCUGUUUCCAAGUCUCUUUUCAAGGAGACGGCAGACGCAGCCAAAGAGCCCGCCACGGCGGACGACGAAUUCUACCUAGACUGCGUGCUGCUACACUCGCCAUUCCGAGAACACGAGGACACCCUCCUCGCCUGGCGUGCCCUGGAGUCCUACGUGCCCCAUCGCAUCCGCACCAUCGGCAUAUCCAACGUCGACCUGGACGAGCUGCAGGCCCUCUGCAAAGAUGCCGCCGUCAAGCCCGUCGUCGUCCAGAAUCGCCUGAACCCAAAGGAGGCCUACAACACCCCCGUGCGCGUCUUUUGCCGCGAGCGCGGUAUCAAUUAUCAGUCUUUCUGGACCUUGACGGCGAAUCCAGGUAUUGUCAAGAGUGAACUGGUGGGGGGGAUUGCUGCAGCGGUGGGGGUGAGCAACGAGGUCGCCAUGUACGGACUCGUGCUAGGCUUAGGAGGCGUAAGUGUUCUGGACGGCACAACGAACGAAUCUCGGAUGAAGGGUGACCUGGAGGGCGUGGAGAAGGUGGCGGCUUGGGCUGCGGGCGAGGGAUCAGCACUUUGGGAGCAAAGCUUGGAAGCCUUCAAGCUUGUUCUGGGAGAGACCAAGUGA